CGGUACUGAACGAGCUCUCGCGCCAGACCUCUGUUCUUGCUCUUUCUUUGUCAUUUUCCUGGUUCGGGCUUUUCCGCAGGCGAAUUCCGAUGGAAUAUUCUCGUUUAUAGUCGAGAAGAUGUCGGCAAAAUGGAAAACCGAAGAAUUGCAGAAGUCGCAGGAAAGGGAGUUUCAAAGGACAUCUCAGUGGCUGUGAAUCAAGCUUCUAAUGUAUUGACUGAUCUCGGUGUUUUAUAAGUCGUCUACGAGGAAUAAAAGCGCAUUUUUAACUGGGUCGAACAAUACUGCUCAGGUUUCCACACUCGAGGAAUAUGCUGAAACAUUUUAUAGCCAAUCCAAAUUAAAAUUUCUUAUUAAUAUCGAGUGGAAUAUUGUUUUUGGCGAUGGAUACGAUGAAGGAACGAGUUUUGGCCCCCGGUAAGGAAAGAUUGAGGAAUCUGGCCGGGAAAACCCUGGGACACAUGCACAGGGUGAUGGAGAAGAAGCAGAAAACGGGUGAGGUUAUAGAGCUGACGGAGGAAGGGCGGCCCGCGCAGAUCCAGCAGAAGAAAGCUCCUCUGUGCGACUGCACGUGCUUCGGGCUCCCGCGCCGCUAUAUCAUCGCCAUCAUGAGCGGCCUCGGCUUCUGCAUCUCGUUCGGGAUCCGCUGCAACCUCGGAGUCGCGAUCGUCGGCAUGGUCAACAACAGCACCAUUCACCGGGGCGGCAAGAUCAUCAUCACAGAGAAAGCGAAGUUUAACUGGGAUCCGGAGACGGUGGGAAUGAUCCACGGCUCGUUUUUCUGGGGCUAUAUAGUGACACAGAUCCCAGGAGGAUAUAUAUGCUCACGGCUGGCUGCUAACAGGGUGUUUGGUGCUGCUAUCCUGCUCACGUCGAUUCUCAAUAUGUUCAUCCCCUCUGCUGCGCGUGUGCACUACGGCUGUGUCAUGUUCGUCAGGGUACUACAGGGCCUCGUCGAAGGUGUGACCUACCCAGCAUGCCAUGGGAUUUGGAGCAAAUGGGCGCCGCCCCUUGAGAGAAGUCGCUUAGCAACCACCUCUUUUUGUGGUUCAUACGCGGGCGCUGUGGUGGCCAUGCCGCUGGCUGGAAUAUUAGUGCAGUACUCGGGCUGGUCAUCUGUCUUCUAUAUAUAUGGGAGUUUUGGGAUUGUCUGGUACAUGUUUUGGAUUCUGGUUUCAUAUGAGAGCCCAGCAGAUCAUCCCACCAUUACAGAUGAAGAGAGGACUUACAUAGAGGAGAGUAUUGGAGAAAGUGCCAAACUACUGGGGGCAAAUGAGAAAUUCAAGACGCCCUGGAGGAAGUUCUUCACCUCCAUGCCGGUCUAUGCAAUCAUUGUGGCCAACUUCUGUAGGAGCUGGACUUUCUAUCUGUUGCUGAUCAGUCAGCCAGCGUACUUUGAAGAAGUGUUUGGCUUUGAAAUCAGUAAGGUCGGUAUGGUCUCUGCUCUACCCCACCUGGUCAUGACCAUCAUAGUGCCAAUCGGCGGUCAAUUGGCUGACUUCCUGCGCAGCAAAAACAUCUUAUCCACCACAACCGUCAGGAAAAUCAUGAACUGUGGCGGGUUUGGAAUGGAGGCCACUCUGCUGUUAGUGGUUGGUUUCUCUCACAGUAAAGGUGUGGCCAUCUCGUUUCUGGUGCUAGCUGUUGGUUUUAGCGGCUUUGCUAUAUCAGGUUUCAAUGUCAACCACUUGGACAUCGCGCCGAGGUACGCCAGCAUACUGAUGGGUAUUUCUAAUGGAGUGGGCACUCUCUCUGGUAUGGUCUGCCCUCUCAUUGUAGGUGCUAUGACCAAAAACAAGACUCGUGAGGAAUGGCAGAAUGUGUUCUUGAUCGCCUCGCUGGUGCAUUACGGCGGCGUGGUCUUCUACGGGAUUUUUGCAUCCGGCGAGAAGCAGCCGUGGGCCGAUCCAGAGGAGACCAGUGAGGAGAAGUGUGGCUUCAUCGAUGAAGACGAGUUAGCGGAGGAGACCGGUGACAUCACGCUGAGCCACGCUCCUUUCGGAGGCCAGGCCGCUCUUGGGGGCCCCGCCAAAACAUAUGGGGCCACAACGCAGCUGAAUGGGGGAUGGGCGAAAGGCUGGGAGAAAACCGAGGAAUACAUCCAGGAGGACGCCGAGCAGACGUAUGCGGGAGACCGGUACUCCUAGAUAGAAAGAGAUAGAUAGAAGAAAUAAAGACAGAUAGGCUGUGCUUAAGCAUAGCUAUCGGAGUCAUUUUUGAGUCUUUAGCCAAUCUGAAGUGAAUAGAGAAGAUAUUUAAGAUUGGGCAUAAUAAUAAAUAAUAAUAUACAGAGAUAUUAAUGAGAAUAUACUGAUAAUUAAAUGAAAAAAAUCAUAUUUAGGAUUAUAUAAAGAAUAUGUAUGGCUAUGUAAAUGUUUUCUUUAAAAAAUACAGAUAUGUUCAAUUAUUACUGUGGUUUAUGACAUUUAAUCAGCUGACAAUACUUAAUAGCACAGACAUCUGUAAUCAAAGCACAGGUCUUGGCUGUUUUUUUGCAGGUUUAAACCAGUUUGGUUUUAGUUGUGUGUCUUCUACUAUAACUUUAGCAGAUGAGUAGUUUAGUUUCAUUGGUCAGAACUAAUUAGAGUAGAGUUGAGAUGAGUAUAGUUUAGAUGAAUGUAGUUUUGUUCAAAAGAAACAAGUGUUUCACUCUGGUUUACAGAGCUCUUGCCAUUGACCUUACAGAAAAUAUGCAAAAUUUGGGUUAUUUAACUAUAUUGUAUAACUUAAACCUACAAAGAAUGCUGUUUAUCAUUAUGUACGUGUACUAUAUUACACAUUAUACACUAGUCCUUUUAUUUGGGACAUAAACCUAGAAGGUAGAGCAAAAAAAGACAUUUACUAUUUGAUGCAGAGAGAAUCUAAAAUAGCACAAAUCUGAAAGAUGAUGUGUAUUAAAAUAAGUGUGAAAUAUAUUGAUAAACCUUUAAAUGUUGAAACGUCCUAAAGUACACUUGAGAACUUUUUAAAGUGUAACCUUGUAUAAGUUUUGUUCAGCUAUAGUUACAUCAACAAUACAUUCAAGUGUGUGCUUGGCAAUACAGUCCUGUAUUUUAAGUGGUAUUAAGCUGGUCUUCAUUUAAAAUGUUCCGUUUUAACCAACAAUGACAAACCAGACAUUUUCUAAGACACUUUGAAUGCACGGACAUGUUGUUAUUUGGGAAAACAAUUAAUUUCUAUCUUAAGUGACAUGGGUUUACUGUUUCUGUGAGAAUGUUGUGAAUCUGGGUCAGUGAUAUCUGUACUUACUGUUCUUUUUGGGCCAUAUUUAUCAUAGAAACUGUCAUAAGAGUGAGGUUGUCCGUUCGGGAUGUAUAUUGUGAUGCCACUGAGAUCAUUCCACAUGUAUGGUCAAAUCCUGAUCAUCUGAUGUAUUUAA